CUGGGCUGGCCAAAACCAUUCAAUUGUCCAUUCAACUGCUGUUCUCUCGCCCGUUGCGCCCGCUGCCAUCCUCUUCGCCCCCCGAGCCCCCAGGCACGAGAGGUACCAGAGGCACAAGCCGUACUCUAUUUUGCGGCUCCGAGAUCUCAACCGUCCGACCGGUGCCCAUUUGUGGGCGCAAACACGCACUACCCUCCCCUUGUCUGUCAUCUCUAUCGCCCGCCCGGACGCACACAGCAGUACCGCUUUCCAUCUCGUUGCGCCCGCAGCGACGCACCAACCCUUCCCCAAACCACCGCGUUUCCACCAUCCAGAGCUUCAAUCCGCGUCCAGUGUGGAACGCUGCGACGUCACAGCUGCCCGUUUUGCUUGCUUGACAGCCUGGGGUGCUUUGCUGCCAAGCGGCAAUCGCCUCUGUGGUCCCCGUACCCCAGAUUCUCGUCCCAGCUUCUAGAAGAGGAGAGGCAUGGCAGAGAACAUGUCCAUCGACAAGCACGACGCCGUCGACGGCGACACGCCCGAGUCCCGAGGCUCCAGCCUCGAGGCCGACCACCAUGCUUCUGCCAACAACGCCAACAACGCCGCUGGUAAUGCCUCUCAGGAGAACCAGCAGCCCAAGCGCAAGGGCGGCCGCAAGCCCAUCUAUGCCACUUCGGAGGAACGCAAGCAGCGUAACCGACAGGCGCAGGCCGCCUUCCGUGAGCGCCGUACUGAGUACAUCAAGCAGCUCGAGGAGGCCAUUCGCGUCCAUGAGUCGAACCUCCACAACCUGCAGGCUGCUCACCGUACUGCUGCUGAUGAAUGCCUGAUGCUUCGCUACAAGAACUCCCUCCUCGAGCGCAUCCUGCUCGAGAAGGGCAUCGACGUUCAGGCCGAGCUCCGCGCCAAGACUGGCAGCCCUAACCUGGGCCCUACCCAUGUUCCCCAGAACAUGGUACAGCCGCCACCGAUCCAGCGCGCCAUCAUGGGCAGGCACCAAGCUCGGAGAUCCAACUCGAGUAUUGCUCCGAAACUGGAGCCUGGUAUCGGGGCACUACCCCCGCUCCACGCUCACACCUCGACGGCAUCACCCAAGAGCCGCCCGACGCCUUCGUCGCACGCCAACUCGCCCACCGGAACCGCAUCCGUCUUUGGCGGCCCUUCGGCUUCGCACAUCAGCCCUCUGGCGCCCAUGAACCCUGCCACCCGGGCGCACAUGAUGUCGAGCGGUCCCGCUCGCGUCGGUACCGGAGCUCAGUACUAUCCUACGCCGGCAUUCCAGAACCACAUUGAACAGCUUGAGCAAGAAUAUGAUGCUCCGGCUGACAUGGUCGACGACUCGGAGAUGGACACUCCGAGCGGCCCGGGGCCUUACCCCGCGCAGUAUCAAGAUGGCCAACCAUCAAUGGUAACCUCGCCUAACGGCGCACACAACGGCCAUCACGUUACGCAAGGCGAGGCUGUCCAGUCGUCUCAGGCACCACACGGCGCAUAUCCUUCCAUGACUCAGCUUCUCGACAACGGAGGCGACUGGGACCCUUUUGGUCUCAGCGCGAGCAUGGCCUUUCCCACGCAAUUCUCCUUCGACACUAGCAAUAUGAGGGCGGCAUUUCAUGACAGCGUCGAGACGAAUUCUUACGACAGAGCCAACGGCGAUAACGGCUCCCUUAAUUUCCACGGCGAAAUCACUUCUUACUUCACCCGGGAGAAGUUGCGAAAACGACUCUCGAGACACAGAUGA